AUGUGGGGCAGCAGACUCCGUCUAGCAUCGCUACGAAAUGCUCCCUCUCAACGCGCUUUAUCAUCCUUAAGAAGCAGAACUUCCCCUAGGAGUUCUCGCAUGCUCAAAUCACAGCGAAUUCAACCCGCCAAAAACAUCCCCGAAACACCCAAAAGGCCUGAAGUACCAGAUGAAAGCGAACAAACAAGUCCCCAACCUCAGGAUGGUCCCAAUCCCAAUUAUGAUCCGUCAAAAAACACUCUUCUCUCCCCUGUGCAUAUGCCAGAGGAUCCAAAUGGGGUGCUCAAAGAAAAUCACCCCGCGGCACGCAUAUUGGCAAACUCUGGAUUAGUAGUUCAGCGUCAACUGGAGAUGAUGAACCUGAUGGUUGGUUUCGAACAAGCAAAUAAAUACGUUAUAAUGGAUGCACAAGGCAACCAUGUGGGAUACAUGGCAGAACAAGAGAAGGGCAUGACCAAUACGAUUUCACGUCAAAUGUUUCGCACCCACCGAAGCUUUGUGACGCAUGUUUUCGACCGACAUGAGAAUGAAGUCUUGCGAUUCCAUCGUCCGUUCUCCUGGAUUAACUCUCGAAUUAAAAUCUAUGAUCCUCUUGAUGUCACCACAAGCGCCAAUACCUCCUCCACUGCCCUUCAGAACACCACACCAGGAUCUCUUGUCUCAGCCAACGAGACCUUGAACCCGCGCAUCUCACCACUCAGCUUGGAUGAGAUGCGGAUCAUUGGUGAAUCUCAACAAGAGUGGGCGCCGCUACGCCGGAAAUAUAAUCUCUUCACUUAUCACCAGUCUCCGAAUCCAGCGGUAGACAUGGGUGCCCAGAAAUUUUCGCUUUCUGGGUCAGAUCUGUCAAAAUCCCAACAAAUGCAACUAGCACAAAAGCCUGGGUUAGGACAGGGCGAAUUCAACCAGUUUGCAUAUGUCGAUGCGCCAUUCCUAUCUUUGGACUUCGAUCUACUGUCUGCGGAAAAUCGAUUAGUUGGGUCUGUGAACCGUAACUUUGGUGGUUUUGCCCGAGAGAUUUUUACAGAUACGGGUGUCUAUGCCUUGCGCAUGGAUUCUGCUGGGGCUGGAACUGAGGCGUUACCUACCGGAGGAUCGCCUAUUGAUGUGGCAAACCCCACAGGCAUGACACUUGACCAGCGUGCGGUUGUGCUAGCCACUGCCGUGACGAUCGAUUUCGAUUAUUUCAGCCGUCACAGCCAUAGUGGCGGCUUCGGUUUCAUGCCCUUGUGGUUCCCUGGCAUGGGAGGGGAAGCUGCCGCUGGUGGUGCAGUUGGUGGCGCCGCGGCCGGUGAAGCCGGAGCAGCUGGAGCAGCUGGAGCCAUUGGCGAGGCCGCAACAGGCGCUGUGGGCCGAGUCGGUGCUGCAGGUGGAUUAGCUGAAGGUAUGGCCACAGGCGCAACCGGCGCUGGUGCAAUGGCUGGAUAUGAAGCCAUGCAACGUGGCAUGUCGGGCGAACAAAGCAGCCAGGCGUCACCGAAUGAACAAUCCGAUUUUCCUCCAUAUGAACAGCAGGCACAACAACCGCCCGAUGGUUCUCAAGAUCCAUGGGCUGAAAACCACCAAGAAGACGUCUGGAAAGAUGACCCUUGGGAUGAUUCCGGAGACUCUGGAGGCUCUGGAGACGGAGGGAGCAUCUUUGAUUGGUUCGACAGUUAA